AUGAAGUCAGUUAUCAGUCACCUAGCUGCAUGCAGUGUGCUGGGAAUGGUCGUUGCAGGCCAGGAUGUCAACGAUACAGAGAAUGGAAUGGCCGAUGUGAUCCAAGGAAAUGCGGACUGUGCAUCGGUAGCUGCUAUCUUUGCCAGGGGCACAUUCGACUCUGGAAACAUUGGCGUGUGGGUUGGCCCUCAAUUCUUUGAGGAACUCUCCUCCCGUUUGCCCUCUGUUGCCUUGCAAGGUGUCGACUCAACUGCAUAUAAGGCCGACCUAGAUGGCUAUCUCUCUGAUGGCGGCAGUGAUGAUGGUGCUGCAUCGCUUGCGUCAACUGUCAAUGACUACAAUUCAAAAUGUCCCGACAGUGCAAUCAUUGUAUCAGGCUGGAGCCAAGGUGCUCUUGUCGCCCACAAAGCCCUCGAACAAGUCUCCUCGGCAGCGCUGGACAAGGUAGCAGCCCUAGUCACAUUCGGAGAUCCCAAUGGCGUUUGGAGCGGCAUCUCUCUUCCAACAUCCAUCCCCAGCAGCAGCUUCUCCUCGUCCUGCGUCACUGGUACCGUUUUCGAUCCGCUUUGCGCCCAAUUGCCGAAUGACUUUAAAUUGCCGACCUCGAUCUCCGACAUUGUCGGUCCGUUCUCAUCGUUGCCCGACGUCACUGUCGGAACACAACAGAUCAAAGCCGCUGCAAGCUUGAUUGUUGAGUUUCCUAAGCAAUUGGUCAAAAGCUGGGAUUCAUUCGUGUCGAACUUGACCCCGGACCAGUUUGUUCGCCUGAUGCUCACUCCCCAGCAUUUUACAUAUGGAAAUAAUGGGAUGGCGGGUCAGGCUGCGGAAUUUGUGGCUGGACUUGCUGCUGUGCAGAGUGCUCAGUAA